UUGACUGGGAAUCCAACAUGGGACCCUGUGGGGCGGGCCAGCGCUCCAACCACUCAGAAGACCGGCCAAAGCUUUAUUUUUAUUUCUAAUGUAGCGCUCCCCAAACGAUUAAAGGCGGUGUAUGCAUGUCUUCUCGAGGCUAGAUUGGGAAAACCCUGCAAUUAGUUUCUGUUUUGUUCAGCUUUAUGCCCCCUCCGAUAUUAUCCACCAUCAUGCGGGCCCACUGCAUCCCUUCCACAAGCAUGGAGUACGUUCCACUGAAAUCAGAACCUCUCCAAGCCCUUUCAUUCCCACUUUUCUGAAACUAAACAAGGGAAGCACUUCUUUCGUUUACGUAGAAAGGAUCAACACUUGGUUGUUUCACAUGAGCUUUGAGCAAAUGUCGGUUUCUAAAGUCUGUGCAGUUAUACAGCCGGUCAUGAGAGUUGGCUCCACCUGACUCCCAAGUGUAUCAUGCAGAGAAGUGCAUACAUACCCUCUCCUCCCUAGUAUUGCCCAUAUGCUCAAAUAAUAAUGUUUUUUCAAUAAACACAAGAAAUUUCAUAGGUGGCAAUGACUUUAUUAAUCAGGUCCACAGCUCCGCCUACAGUCUCUAAUCUCAGGGUUUUGUAGCAAAUUCACACAGUAAACUACUUAUUUCACUAUAUCUUUGAGACUUUAUUUUCUCUUUUACAUCUUCUUUUCAAGUGGGACACUGCACUCCUAGGAAUCUAGAUCUAGGUUCAGAAAAGAGGAUCAGCAUUUCUAUAGUAGUCGGAGGACGCACCACCAUAGGAGACACACAGAUGUUGCGUUAGGGAAGGGAUGCUCACUCUCUUCUGGAGAAGUGUGAAGGAAGGUCCACAUUUGCCAAGAAAGUGAAGUCUCAGAAGGAACAAUCCCAUUCUUUUAGGAACUGCCUCUUUUUUUUUUUUUUCUAAGACUAUCUGCUGACAGCCCCAGGCCCCACCCUAGGCAGCUGAUUGCAAUCCAUGAAAGACUAAGUAACAUUUACUGUCUCCAUUUGUUCUCCCUCUAUCAGGAUUGAAUGUGGAGCAGGUGUGGUCAGCAAAGCAGAAACAUCCCCUAGAAAACUGUCAGUUAGCCUGAUCCUAGACUAAGCUCCUGGGCAUCUCUGAGGAACCCCAUUCCUUCCCAAGGCGGUACAAGCGUGAUGAAGGGACUCUUAACAGGAACCAAGCAGUCUGCACGGUAUCUCCAUUCCAAGAAAGAAUGCCAGAAACUUCAGACUUCAAAUUAAAUCUUCCUUUGUAACAGGUUUCUUUCCUGUGAUCCAGUUUCCUCUUAAUUAAUCAGGAGAGAUUUGGACUGUGCAUUGUUGGAACUCAGCGUUAUCAGAUAAUGUUGAAUUCUGAAAUCACUUGGGACAGAUUUCUAGAUAGAGUAAUAAAACCUCUCCCAAAUUGUUAUAAUCCUAGGAGGCAAAUGACCUCCAUGACGAAAAAUUGACAUUUUAAAAAUAAAGUGGCCUUACUAUCAGAAGUAAUUAACUAUUUGCACACUAUUUGACAGCCUUUUCUAUCAGAGAGGUGAACCACGUGUCAAGAUUGGAGAAAAGGAUACAGUAUUCAAGCCUAUAGAACUGCUGUAUGAAAAAAUGCAUUUGUCUCACUGUGAGAACUUUCAGUGCUGAGCUCUGAGCAUUUUAUCUGGCUUAGUACACAUCAUAAAUGGUUCUUUUUCGGUCCAAAUGACCUAUCCCAUCCUUUUAAAAAAACUAUAUUUCAAUCUUUUCUUCUUUCUGCAAAGGAGGUUGUGUUAUUAAAAACAAAAGGUAAUGCUUCUUAUAGUAUUCACUUAUUUUAUCUUUAUAUAACAAUUUGAAAAGACUGUUAUAAAUAAUCUAUGAAAUUCAAUGUGUGUGAAGGAUUAAUGUGAAGAUUUAAAAACUGAUUGGACCAAAAUGUUGACCAUGGUCUUAAUUUAAUAUGAGCUUAAUUUAAUAGUGUUUAUACAAUAAUUGAGACCUGGGGCUGGAAAACAUGACUACUGUCAUCCCUUUUAUCUGGGCCUCAAUUUUCUUAUCUGGAAAAUAAAGGUUGGAUGAGGUGUCUUCUCAGGUCUGUAUGGAAUAGAGCUGAAGACAAAAGGAAAAGGCAACUUAGGGUCUUUGCUCACUAGGACGAAAAGAGGCACAGGCUUCGAAGCAGACAGACCUGGGUUCAAAUCUCAGAUCUUAUUUGCUUUAGGAAGUUAGAUUUCAUUGCACUCAGCUAUAAAAUGGGACCAAGCUAUUUUGAGGGCUGAUGAGGUUUAAAUUAGAACACACCUAUAAUGUUCCUAGUACAACUUGUGCACAUAUUUAUGCUUCUAUAAAUGGUAGGACUAUAUUUUAAGGUGAAGAAAAACAUAAGGCUGAGCGCAUGAUCGAUCUAGCAAUUUCCACUCUGGCACCUGGAGAAGAAAGGGAGCGAGCAGAUCCCUGUCCUUUACCGGCAGAGAUAUCCCUCUGCCGUGAUGAAACCAGAGCCGUCAGGGUCUAAAAAAAGCACCCCAUCAGGGGGAAGGCACCACAUCUUGGCAAGAAAUGCUUCACAUACUUUCAUCGUCACCAAACUCUCUUCCCACCCCACACCCUGCUUCUAUUUAAAUCCGAGGCACUCCACUGGUCCCCACUCACUUUUCGGGUGCCCAGGCUAUCAGCAGGAAGAGAAGGGUAGCAUGACUACGGGAGAGAAAGGAAGGGAGGAGGGGCCAGCCAAGAGUGCCCUGCGGAAGAUACACAGGGCCACCCUGGUGAUCAACUUGGCCCGAGGUUGGCAGCAGUGGGCAAAUGAGAACAGCACCAGGCAGGCCCAGGAGCCCGCAGGCUGGCUGCCUGGAGGGACCCAGGACCCACCUCAAGAUCCUAAACCAGAGAUACAUCCCACUCCCCACCAGAAAGCCCAGAGCGCCCCCAAGUCUGCCUCCCUAAAGCCAGAGGGGCCUGGGGAAGGACCGAGCUCAGGGGAGGCCUUGGAGGUCUCCCCUAUCAAAAGGAAAGAGGUGACCAAAACAGUUGUCAGCAAAGCUUAUGAGAGAGGAGGAGAUGUGAGCCACCUCAGCCACCGGUACGAGAAGGAUGGCGGCACAGCUGGCCCUGGGCAGCCGGAGGAUGACAUCGACAGGAUCCUCCACAGCCACGGCUCCCCCACACGGAGGAGAAAGUGCUGCAACCUGGUAUCCGAGCUGACCAAAGGCUGGAAGGAGAUGGAGCAGGACGAGCCCAAGUGGAGGAGCGACAGCAUAGACACGGAGGACAGCGGCUACGGAGGGGAGACGGAGGACAGGCCCGAGCAGGACGGAGAGCAGGUGGCCGCCGCCCGAAUCAAAAGGCCCUUGCCCUCCCAGGCAAAUAGAUUUACAGAGAAACUCAACCGCAAGGCCCAACGGAAAUGCAGUCAAUUGCAGGACCUGAAAGGAAAAUGGCAACAGUGGGCUGAUGAACACAUACAAUCCCAGAAGCUCAACCCUUUCAGUGAAGAAUUUGAUUAUCAGCUGGCCAUGUCCAGCCGCCUCCACAAGGGAGACGAAGGCUAUGGCCGUCCCAAGGAGGGAACUAAAACAGCCGAGAGGGCCAAGCGAGCCGAGGAACACAUCCAUCGGGAAAUUAUGGACAUGUGCUUCAUUAUCCGCACAAUGGCUCGCCACAGACGUGAUGGCAAGAUCCAGGUCACUUUUGGAGAUCUUUUUGACAGAUAUGUUCGUAUUUCAGAUAAAGUGGUGGGCAUACUCAUGCGUGCCAGAAAACACGGACUGGUGGACUUCGAAGGAGAGAUGCUAUGGCAAGGCCGAGAUGACCAUGUUGUGAUUACUCUACUCGAGUGAACCUUCAACAGCAAAAGCCAAACUUGAUCCACUAUUGUCUUAAUGCUAAAUGCUAAUUUAGUCAAAUUAAAAUGCAAACUGUUCUGUAAUAAGUAGGAUAUAUUAAACAAUUUUUACAUGAAUGA